AUGUCUAUUGAUAAAAGCUGGACUACUAAUCCACAUCGUCAAUCUCCCGAGUUCCAGCUAGGGCUCGACACUUUUGUCGAGAGAUCCAUGUUACACUUAGAUUGUAAAGGUGAAACCAGAUGUCCGUGUGAGAAAUGUGAUAAUCGUUACUUCAUGAAUCCGAAAGCAAUGAGACGUCAUGUUCGUAUAUAUGGUUUCAGUCAAUCAUACAAAACAUGGAUAUAUCACGGUGAACCUUUAAUCCCUCCAGUUGUAGAUGUCGUAUCGCCAAGCAACGAGAUGGCUGAUGUUAUUGACGAUGUUAUGUGGGAGUCGAGAGAAAAUGAUAUAAACCUCGAUGAAGGAACCUCGAAUAUAAGGGGUAGUGGUAUCGAUGAUGAUUUUGAAGAGUUGUUAGAGGCAGUCGAAACCAAGUUAUAUCCUGGUUGUUCGUUUUCAUUCCUUGAUUUUUUAGCAAAGCUGAUGCAUAUGAAGGUCAACAACAAAUGGACUGAUAGUUCAUUUGAUCAACUCCUUGAGUUGUUGCAUUCGGCAUUUCCACCGGGCAACAAGGUUCCCCGUUCAUAUUAUUUAGCAAAAAAGAAACUGAAGAAGUUGGGUUUAGGGUACGAGUCAAUUCAUGUGUGCAAAAACGAUUGUUUUCUCUUCUGGAAGGAACACAAGUCAUUGCAAGUUUGUCCCGUUUGUAAAGAGAGUCGGUGGAUUGAUAAAAACACCAAGGGCAAGAAAGUGGCUCAUAAGGUGUUACGGUACUUUCCAGUGGCCCCUAGACUACGCCGUUUGUAUUGUUCACGAUACACUUCCAAAAAUAUGAUAUGGCAUAGUACUGGGAGAUCAGAAGAUAAUGUGAUGCGUCAUCCCGUUGAUGGAGAGUCUUGGCAAAAAUUUGAUGUAGAUUUCCCUGACUUCUCAAGUGAACCUCGCAACGUACGAUUAGGGCUGGCAGCUGAUGGCUUUAAUCCAUUUGGUAACAUGUGUAAUCCGCAUAGUACGUGGCCGGUUGUACUCACCACUUACAAUCUGCCACCAUGGCUUUGUAUGAAAGAGUCAUCAUUCAUGUUGGCCUUGUUGAUUCCCGGCCCUAAAGCGCCUGGAAAGGACAUAGAUGUUUUCCUUAGGCCGUUAGUGGAAGAGCUUAAGUUUUUAUGGCAAUCAGGCAUACGCAUUAAAGACGCAGCGACAAACACAUUCUUCACGAUGAAAGCUAUGUUGUUAUGGACAAUAAACGACUUUCCAGCUCGUAGUAGUUUAUCGGGCUGGAGCGGACAAGGGUAUAGAGCAUGCCCGACUUGCAAUGAAGACACUCCUUCGUACCGUGCAAUAAAUAAAGUCGUUUAUAUCGGUCAUCGUCGGUUCUUAGAUGCUGAUGAUCCAUUAAGGAUGAAUUUGAAAUUUAAUGGGCAACCAGAGACAAGACCCCCUCCGAGACACUUUACUAAUGAAGACAUACAAGAUCAACUAGGUCGUCUAAUACUUCGUAAACCGGGUAAACAUCCUAACACUCUCAAAGAAAACAUGGAUCGGCAAGGAUUCGAGUUGAACUGGUCGAAACGUAGCAUAUUUUUCGAGCUCGAAUAUUGGUCUUCUCUACAGCUGAAACACAACAUAGAUUUGAUGCAUGUCGAGAAAAAUGUGGGUGAGAGUCUUUUGGGUACUUCUAUGAUGAAUGAUAAGAGUAAAGACACAUCAAAUGCACGUGAGGACUUGAAAAAUCUGAAUAUCCGGCGUAAUCAACGGUUGCAAAAAAAGGGUAACAAGUUCACUAGACCACAUGCAAGCUACUCAUUCAAGAAAGCUGACCGCAAAAUCUUUUGUCAAUUUAUAAGAGAUGUUAAAUUUCCUGAUGGGUUUGGAUCUAACAUUAGUAAGAAAGUGGUAGAUAAUGAUACUAACAUUAUUGGGUUGAAAUCUCAUGACUAUCACAUUCUUAUGCAACGUUUGAUACCGAUUGGAGUUAGAGCAUUAUUGGAUAAAGAAACUUCUACACCAAUUGUAGAUCUUUGUAUGUUUUUCAAGCAAAUUUGCUCCAGAACACUAAAGGUGGAGGAUAUGAGGAAAGCAAAAGAAGACGUCAUUAGAAUCUUGUGCAAGUUAGAGUUGAUUUAUCCACCAGCGUUUUUCGACAUUAUGAUUCAUUUAGUUUUGCAUUUACCAGAUGAAGCGAUUGCUGGAGGCCCGGUAUGUAUGAGAUGGAUGUAUCCGUUUGAAAGGUAUAUGAAAAAACUAAAAAACUAUGUCAUAAAUAAGGCGAGGCCGGAAGGUUGUAUAGCUGAAGGUUAUAUUGCUGAAGAAGCUUUGACAUUUUGUUCGAUGUACCUUCGAGAUGUCAAUCGCCUUGAAAGAAACGAAGACGUUGUCAUUGAAAAAACAAAGUUUUGGAUGUUUGAGUCCAAGUGUCGACCGACGAGUGCAACGCAAAUCAAACAUCUUGAUAUAACAGAGAAACGUAAUAUUGAAUGGUUUAUAUUGAAUAGUUGUCAAGAAGUCAGACAAUACAUCGAGUAA